GGGAGGCGUUUUUGACUCCCUUCCCUUUGACUCCCUUCCCUUCGCUGUAGGUAUCAUAUCUAUCUCUGCAACUCCAAAUUUUCCCACAUCAGAAGCCACCCACCAUAAAUCCUCCCAAACCCAGAAACACAGCUAACAAACAUGGGCAACGGCAGCAACUUCAGCUGGGCUUUGAGCCUGCUGACGACUCUCUGUCUCCUCUCUGUCUCCGCCACCACCGCUCUCUCUCAAUCCUCCAACGCCUCCGCAUGUCCCAUGGACUUCAACUACGUUCUCAGAAUCUCAUGGAACUCCUCAAACUGCCACAACUUCGUCUCACAGGGCAACACCAGCGUCAACAGCAAAAGCUCAUGUUGCACAACUCUCCUCAGCCUCUUUGCAGUCUCACUCGCUCAACACCUCAAAGAGACCUCCCUCUUUAAUCUCCCGGACGUCUCCACCUCCCAAUCCUGUCUCCACGAUUUUCAAUCCAAGCUCACCUCUCUCCCCCUGGCCAACAACCUCGCCUCUUCUUGCUUUGAUCCUCAGCAGUUCGUGAUUGGACCUGACAUAUGUGCCGGUGUGCAGAACAUCUCCGACUGGGUGGCGAAACUCGGCCCCUCCACCGCCCUCGACAGCAGCUGCCGGGCGGAUCUGACCGACCUGACAGCAUGUGACGCCUGCGUGAACGCUGGGUUCGAGGUUCAAUCCAAGUUGAUUGAGAUUGAUGGCAACAAGUCUCAUUCUACGGAUUGCUUUUAUUUCACGGUUUUGUAUGCUGCUGGAAUUGUAAAUGAGGCUGGGCCUGAGAGUACUGGCGCAAUGUCGUGUGUACUCGCAGUACCUUUGAAUUCUGAUGAGGGGUCUAGUAGUAAGAGCCAUUCGGCUCUGAUUUUUGGGUUUACAGGGGCGGGUGUUGCUGUAUUGGUGAUGUCCUGCUUGUUGGGGCUGUACUUUUGGUGGGAGAGGAAGUGGGGGAAGAAGAGUAAGAGGAGUGGUUCAGGGUUUUUCGGAGUGGAUUUGGAGGAUUUGGGAGGGUCUAGGCCGCGGGUUAGGCCGAAUACUGGUUCAAUCUGGUUCAAAAUUCCGGACCUUGAGAGGGCAACCGACAAUUUUUCGCAGAAGAAUUUCAUUGGGCGAGGGGGGUUUGGUCUUGUUUACAAGGGGACUUUAGCAGAUGGGAGCACUGUUGCAGUCAAGAAGAUUAUAGAGUCCGAUAUUCAGGUUGAUGCAGACUUUUGUAAUGAGAUUGAGAUCAUUAGCAAUUUGAAGCAUCGGAAUCUCGUUCCCCUUAGAGGUUGUUGUGUGGUUGAUGGAGGUGAGGGUUAUGAUGACAGGGCAAGCCCGAGGUACCUUGUUUAUGAUUACAUGCCAAAUGGGAAUCUUGAUGACCAUUUGUUUUCGAAAUGGGAGAAUGGAAAUGGGAAUGGAAUGGGAAAGAAGCCACUGACAUGGCCUCAGAGGAAGAGCAUAAUCUUGGAUGUGGCAAAGGGGCUUGCUUAUCUUCACUAUGGAGUGAAACCCGCGAUAUAUCAUCGAGAUAUUAAGGCCACAAACAUACUGUUGGAUGCAGAUAUGAGAGCAAGAGUGGCCGAUUUUGGGCUAGCGAAGCAGAGCAGAGAAGGGCAGUCUCAUCUCACUACUAGAGUGGCCGGUACUCAUGGGUACCUAGCCCCAGAGUAUGCCCUCUAUGGACAGCUGACUGAGAAGAGCGAUGUUUAUAGCUUUGGGGUGGUUGUUUUGGAGAUAAUGUGUGGGAGAAAAGCUCUUGAUUUGUCAUCAAGAUCGCCUCGGGCAUUUUUGAUAACGGAUUGGGCUUGGUCAAUGGUGAAAGCUGGGAAAGCAGAAGAGGCUUUAGAUGCUUCUUUGGUGAAAGAUGGGGAUUCAUCAAAUUCAAACCCAAAGGCGAUAAUGGAGAGAUUUUUGCUGGUUGGGAUUUUGUGUGCUCAUGUUAUGGUGGCUCUCAGGCCUACCAUUUCAGAUGCACUGAAAAUGCUCGAAGGCGAUGUUGAGGUUCCUGCCAUUCCUGAUAGGCCAGUGCCUCUUGGGCACCCUUCGUUUCUCACUGAUGGGAAUACGUUUAGCAUAUCACCAGCAUUGAGCGGACCUAAAUUACACACAGGAGACAUGCUCAGGGAAGGACGUUUUAGAGGACAGCUGCAGGCUUGAUGGGCUUUUCACAGACGAGGUGUUCUGAAGUGCGUUAAAGCUCUUCCCUCAGUGUAGUGAGGAACAGGUGCUUCCCUCCUUUCUCCUGAUAGAAGAUCGUUGUACUUUUGGUAAUGCUGCAGUAGAGAACACUAGUUAAUAUAGUUAAUUGCAUGAAAAGACAGAAAAAAGAUAUGCUUUCUCAUUUGAAGCAAUUCCAAGUACAUGUUUUUAUGUAAGUGAAGCAAUUUGAUGUCAAUACUAAUUUAUAGUGUAAGAUCAACAACUUCUAUUUACUUAAACACCAAGUUCUUUUCUGUCUUUUGAAAUUAUCAUGGUGCCCUGCAAUCUGAAACUGUUGUUGGUCGAGGUGUUCGGCCUGGAUCAGUGAUUUUUGAGAAGUUGAUGUGAAAAAAAGAACCCCACCUGAGCUUACUUGCAUAUCACACUUAUAGUGUCGGAUUUUAUACCUUUCAUGCUAAUUACUGGAACGUGUUAGUAUGUCCAUCCUUAUACACUGAAGCUAGCCUCAAAGGUCAUACUCAGAGAUUAAUGGUGGACAGGAGCGCCCGAUCCUUGUUACCUUCAGCAUGGAAUGAAAUCUGCAACAUAUCAAACAUAUAUUGAAGUUGCUAACACUCUGUUAAAUGCAGAUAAGAGUCUCAGCUCAAUACCAAAGUGGCCUUGAUGGACAGGUAAGUGCCUUUGAAAUGUGCCCUUUUUUUUUGCAGCUUUGAGGAAAGCUCUUGAUUUUUCUUAAGCAUUUGCUGCAUACCUUCCUUUUUUCUUUCUUUUCUACAAGACCAUAUUGGAAGGCUUUUGGAUUGAUUGACACAAGAUGGGUAUUUGUUUUCAUCAGAUGCCUGGGAAGUGAGCAUUGAGCUCAGUUUUGAUGCAGAUACAGUGAAGAGAAAAAGAAAGUAAAAGUUUGGAAUCUUGGAACCUAAAGUGAGUUGGAUUUUUGUGUGAUGUUCUUUCUCUCAGAGCAAAGAAACUGACCAUUACAUUGAAGAGCUGCAACUUUCUUGGCUGCAUGUAUAAAUAUAAGAGGUUCAUCAUCAUAGCAUCCUAAAAUUUCUUGGGUCAUGAUCUUUUUUUGUAGAAAUUGAAUUGUAACUUAUAUAUGUUGCAUUCCAUGUAUUGAAAAUUACUAGGGUUAGUUGCCCAAAACCUCAUGAGUCUUGCUCAAUGGUAUUGCCCUUUGGUCAUCAACUUUAAGG